UAUUACCAAAGUACAAGCCCAAAAGCAUGGUGAUACCAUGGUAAUUUUAGUUAGUCAACAGAACACAGCUGUAUAAAUAAUGGUUAAGGGUGCUUUCACACUUGGUUCGAUUGCCUGGACCGAACCUGAGUUCGAUUGCUACCCCCUCCCCUGGCCCCCGCUGGACUGUGUUCAUAUUAUAUUAUUUGGGUCCGACCCGCGGUUCGUUUGCGUCAUCAAACCAGCAGCUGUUUAUUCCGUUGGUUAGUAACGACGGCGCAGGAGAAGGCGGCAAAAUGCAUAACGUUGCUCUCCUCAAUUUAAUAUUUUUGUUUUUGAACCGUUGGUUUUGUUCAUAAAGGCACUUGCGUCUAUCUGCUGCGAAUGUAGAAUGCUAAAGUCAAUCGAACCCGGGUGCGCACCAAAAGUGCUAAUGUGAAAGCACCCUGAAAUUAGAAACGAUGCAUUUUAGUCACUCACAUAACGUUAAGUCUUGAAGGAAAAUCAGACGUCACCACCGCGUUUACCGUCGAAUAUAGCGUCUUUUUCGUUGUCCUCUGCUUCAUCUUUGUUCAGAUAUUCAUCCAAAAACUCUUCACUUUUUUUUCUUUUUUUAACAUAUUUCAUAUUUAUUUACCUGAAAGGCCUCUGGAUUUUUGUAUUUGACGAAUUAAUUACUCCCGCCACAGAGGCAGUGCGCAUUAUGACCCGUUGCUAUCGCGUUUCUAAUUUUUGACUGAAAUCAUUUUUCAGUCUCAAUGAAUCAAAUGUUUAAUGUACCAUACUUGAUGAUAAAUGUUUUACCUGUACUUUUAACCUAAUAUAUACACCAUAUUAUUUUAUAUUCGGUGUAUAAUAAAUAAUGAUACAAAUCACAAAUCAAGAAAUUGGUGACCUUGGGGUUUUUUGUUACUUAUGUUUUGUCUUUAUGAUUCAAAGCUUUGUUUUGAUCUGCACCUGUUGUUAGCCCAGUGUUUUGUGACUAUAGUCAUCAUCAUCAUCAUGCCUCGUGGAAGAUCAGCAGCCAGUGUCCUCUCUGGCAGCAGUGACUUGGACUUUGAUGGAAUUGUUGAGACAGAGCUGGAAAAACUGCAGAGACAGUUCCGUAUAAUGGAGAGGGAUCGGCAGGCUUACAGCAUCCAGUCACAGGAAAAAAUUCGCAAACAGCGGCAGGAGAUUUCUAAGCUGCGUGAGGAACAGGAAGAGUUGUUGUGUGUGUUUGAGUGCCAGUCAAAUAAAAAGAGUGACAAUCAGGACAUUGAGUGUAUCAAAACUCUGCUGGAGCAACGAAACACACUGGAUGAUCAACUAAAGAAUGAGAGACAGACCCAAACACAGCUGGAACAGGAGAUCACGAAUAUGGAGAAAAGGCUGGUGGAAAUGAGAAGAGGAGAGAUCACGGCUUCCCAGAGUCACACGUCUCAGGCCCGCCAUGCUCAGAAGGCCACACGCACCCUGGAGAACAAACUAGACCGGGCUCUUAUUCGCUUUAACAAACAGCUGACAAAGAACAGCCAGCUCAGAGAAGAGCUCGAGACACUCCGCAUGGAGCGCGUCCGAUUCCAGCAGCUGCAUCGCAGACUGGAGAAGGUAUUGCAAGAUGUUCGUAAGGAUAUUGGUGAAGUUAUCGACAUGUCAACCACAGCUUCUGAUGCAAGAGAGGAGGCUCAGACCAAAAUUACCAUGAUGAAGGAGAAGGCGAUAAAGGAUCUUGCGCAGUACUCAGCUGAGAGGAAGGAGCUGGAGAGAGUCAUCGCUCAUGAACACAGACUCAAAGAGUUCAUGGCCACCAAGAGUAACGAGAGAACUGCCAUGGAUGAUGGACAGGAAAUGAGACGCAGACAAGAGAUGAAGCAGCAGAGGAGGGCAGACGCUGGAGAGGAGACAUUUGAAACUCUCGAGGAGGUUUUCCAGCGGAUUAAGAGAUUGACCGGGGAAGAUAAUUUGGAGAUGUUAGUUACAAAAUUCAUUAAGGUUGAGGACAGGAACUUUGCUCUUUUCAACUAUGUAAAUGAACAGAACAUAGAAGCUGAGAAACUGAGAGAGCAAAUCCAUCAGAUUGGAGAAGAGAUGGAGCAGUUGCACAUGAAAGGUGUCCAACAGGAACAGGAAAAUCAGGUGGAAUUAAAACAGGUGAAGGAUCUACAGCAAGAGUGUGAGACACAGGCCCAACAGUAUGAAGCCCAGGCCAAUGACAUCAACAAGAUCCUUGAUCAGAUCAAAACAGGGAUAGACAGUGUGUUCAAUAAGAUUGACUGCGACCCAACAUUGGUGGAAGACAUGCUGGGCUCUUCCUCUGGGAUUAGUGGCAGUAACAUCAUGGCGUACCUCAGCCUGUUGGAGCAGAGGACCAGUGAACUGCUCACCAUUCAAGCCUUCAUUAAAUCUAAGGACGUGGAGGAGAGUGACGACCUGAAAGGGGUCGCUCAGUUCCUGCUGGGUCAGAAGCCAGACGUGCAGAAACACACAGCGAUCGUUCAGCCCCCCAUUACCAGGCACGAUUAUGAGACCGAGGACUCUUCUCUCACAGAUGAGGAGGAUCGACCUUUGACCCACAAAGAACUCCAUCAGCACGUUAUGAUGAGCAGUGUCCUGCGUAAAGACGAGUCUCUGCGUACAGGAAGAGGCAAAGAUGUGAAAACCCCAAAAAGCAGCACCAUGUCUAGCAACAGACAGCGUUCACUGGAGGCUUAAGACACACUCUGGUGUUCUAAUAAAAAAGUUGAAUAUGAAAUGUAGGCUCUAAUUCUUGCUAAAUAGUUAUCUACCUAGACAAUUUAUAACAAUAUAAAAAUUCUGUCAUUAUUUCCUCAUCACCCCAUAUGCUGUUCUAAGGAACAAAUGUUAGAAGUUUGGAAUGAAAUGAGGGUGAGUAAAUGACAGAAUUGUUAUUUGAUGAACAGUUCCUAAUAACAAACAGAAGAGGGCAGAAUUUAGCCAUGUUAGCGAGUCAGAUCAUACUAGAACUCCCACAAUGCCCUCAUCUAUGUCAUGUUGUCUGAAUAAAUCAAAGUAAUUUUUUUCCAGUACCCAGUUCUUUGUUUUGUUAAAUAACUCGUCAUAUGGUCACUUGCUUUUGUGUUUGCCAUGUUUCUAUUUAAGGCAGUUAUGCUUCAGAGUGACGGCAAUAAAAGUUGGGCAAAACAACAA